AUGUGGCUCGUGUGCGUAGACGCGUACUCUCAAUACCCCUAUGUGACACAAAUGAAAACCACGACGACAGCUGACACCAUUAUGGCGCUCUCCGCUAUAUUCGCUAUUGAAGGGCUCCGCGAAACGCUAGUCAGCGACAAUGGGCCACAGUUAACGGCCGAUCUCUUCAAAAAAUUUUGUGCCGGCAAUGGCAUAAGGCAUAUCACAUCAGCUCCUUUCCACCCUGCUUCAAAUGGCUUAGCUGAGCGUUUUGUGCGUACUUUUAAAGCGGCAAUGUUAAAAAAUAUACAAGAUGGGUUGCCAAUUUCCGCUGCUUUAAUAAAGUACCUGUCGACUUAUCGCUCAGUACCCAAUGCUGCAGGUAAGACGCCUGUUCAAUUAUUGCAUGGUCGUACCGUACGCACCUUGCUGUCGCAAACGUUGCCAAUUACUCAUAAACAAAAUGAGUCAAAACAAUACGACAGCCCAAAGUUUAAACCUUCGCAACCGGUAUACUUUCGAAAUUACUCGCGAGGUUCCAAAUGGGUGAAAGGUCACAUCGACAGAGUGCUGGGAAAAAUGAUGUACGUCGUGGACACUCCGAAAGAAAGAUAUGAAGAGCUUCCGCUUGCAAAAUCAUACCCGGACGUCGCUAUACAAAAACGGCUGUCUGGAGCAGAGCGCGUUGUUGAACGCAGCUCUAAUGCUGCCGCUGAUCCGAGCACAUCACUUCGAGAAUUGUCCGUAGCUGAACCACUUCGUAGAAGUGAGCGCAACAGAAAGCCAGUGGAUCGCUUUGAGGCCGAAGAUUUUCGGAAAUAG